AUGACGUCUACAAAAAGGCUGGGAAAAGAAUUAGCCGACGUGCGAGCCGAGUCGGCCAAAGAUAAGAACUACUUUUUCCGAAAAGUGAACAAUCCUGGAGACAAUUUAAACUUAUGGGAAGGUGUCUUAGUUUGCGAGAAAGAGCCAUAUCAUAGCAACAAGGGCAUAAAGGUCCAAAUUGAUUUCCCUACGGACUACCCGUUCAAGCCUCCGAAGAUCAAAUUUCUUUCCCAAAUAUAUCACCCCAACGUAGAUGAAAAGGGUCAGGUAUGUUUGCCUCUGAUCCUACCCGACAACUGGAAGCCGGCUAUUAAAGCUAUCAGGGUGAUGGAGGAACUGAAACGACUAGUCGAGAACCCUGAAUGUGAUCAUGCCCUCAGGAACGAAGUGGCGGACGAGUACGUGAACAACAAGUCCAAGUUCAUGAAAAUUGCGAAGGAAACAUUCGAAAAGAAUGGCGCGUCACUGUGA